GUGGGAGCGGCGCCCACAGCCGGCCCGGCCGGGCCGCUCCGCCGCCCCCGCGGGACGCGCUCGUUGCCAGGGAGGAAAAGGCAAAGUCACUGCCAGCACCAUUUCCUUCGAGCUAAAGAUGUUGAGAAAAAGCACCUCUGCCCCUGCCCUGUCCUUUCAGCCCUUCUGCUGCUGCUGUGCCCAGGACUCCCUCCCCUGCCACUCCUGUUCCCUAAGAGCACGGGGGCAAUAAACCUUUUACCCAGGGAGCUUUCCCCACCCCAAGGCUGUCCCUGCGCAUCCCUGAGGAGCUGGCAGGGCCCAGCCUCUCCUGGGGGAUCAUGGAGUGACAGAGGAGCUUUGCCAGCCCCAGCUGCCAGCACCCUUUGCCUGGACCCUGAUGGAGGCAGGACUGCAUUACCAUGGUGAUGAUCUUAACCAAAACUCGGGAAAACAAAGGUGCUGACUCCGUAACAUGCAGGACUGAGCUGCACACUCCAAAGAUGAGUCAAGGACCUACCCUGUUCUCCUGUGGCGUGAUGGAAAAUGACAGAUGGAGAGAUCUCAGCAGGAAAUGUCCACUCCAGCUCGAGCAGCCGGGCGCCAGCAUCUGGGACUGCCUGUCGGACAAGGGCGAGGAGGGCUCGCGCUGGCCCAGGGACACGGCCGGCACCUGCUCCGUCACCAACCUGAUCAAGGAGCUGAGCCUCAGCGACCCCCACGGCCACCCCUCCGCCCCUCCCAGCAAGCGCCAGUGCCGCUCCCUGUCCUUCUCGGAUGAGAUGUCGGGCUGUGGGACCUCCUGGAGGCCCCUGGGCUCCAAGGUGUGGACGCCGGUGGAGAAGAGGCGCUGCUACAGCGGCGGCAGUGUGCAGCGCUACUCCAAUGGCUUCGCCACCAUGCAGAGGAGCUCCAGCUUCAGCCUGCCCGCCCGCUCCAACCCGCUGUGCGGCGGGCAGCCCAGGAGAUCGGCUGCUGGAGGCCACGGGGGAGACAGGGUGGACAUCCAGAGGUCCCUGUCCUGCUCACACGAGCGCUUCUCGUGCUCGGAGUACGGCGCGCCCUCGGCCUGCAGCACGCCCGCCUCCACGCCCGAGCUGGGCCGCCGUGCCGCCGGCCUGGCCCGCAGCCGCUCCCAGCCCUGCGUCCUCAACGACAAAAAGGUGGGCAUCAAGCGCAGGAGGCCCGAGGAGGUCCAGGAGGAGCGGCCCUCGCUGGACCUCGCCAAGAUGACCCAGAACCGCCAGACUUUCAACAGCCUCACCUGCCUCAGCAGCACGGCCGAGGACGGCUCCCAGCCGAGAGCCUCUUCCAGCUGGAUGGCGAGCUAGACAUCGAGCAGAUCGAGAACAACUGAGGAGGGAGCAGCUCUGCCCGCCCUGGGCUCUGAGGGCUGCCAGCAGGGCCAGGGAGGGCUCCUGGCUGGCGGCGAGUUUGUGGGAUCCUGUCACUGCUCCCCUCCUGCCAGCUGGAGGGGACCAAGCAGCUUUGCCAAAAUUUCAUCAGGUAUUUAGAGGAAUUCGUGUGCAUGCGUGUGUAAAUCUUGAAAUUCUUUGUAACUACUGUAGCCAGAGAUCAGCCAGGCCAAGGAAAGUGCCUGUCCCCAGGGAAACCAGGCACAGGGAUCGCCAAAAACUCAGAAUCCAUGAGAAAAUGGCUUUUGCCAGGAUAGGGGUGGAGCUGAUGGAGCUGGCCAUGCUCCCACAGAUCCCACCUGUGCUAGUUCAGAAAGGAGAAACCACCAUCCCGGGACUGGAGAAAGGGGGAGAAAGCAGAAUAUUGAGAUUUGCAAAGCGAGCACUGGCUGGUGGCACUGGGGUGGCCACAGUUCCUUUUCUCCGGCCACAUCCCCUUGUGGCCCCAGCACCCCCUCACUCCUCAUGUCCCUGGCAGUGCCAUGAGGAGGAAAUCACAAGUGAAGUGUUUUUGCUUAAAUUUAAUAAUGGCAAGAGCUGGAUUUUUACUCCUUUAUUUUUAGUUUUCCUUUUCCUGAUGAGGAAUUAAACAGAUCCCUGGCCCAUGUGGGGCGGCAUCCGCAGCAGCGCUUGCUGGGCGCUGAACAGGGAUGCUCAAAUGCCUUCCUUCCCUAUUUUUUUCCUUCCCAGUCCCCCUCUCUCAACUCUUUUGGGGGAAAAACCCUACUCAGGCUCUGUGCCACCCUCAUUUGGGUUCCCAACACCCUGUUUUGAGCAGGGCUGGGCUGUUUACCCAUUUACCAGCAGCUAUGCCCACUUUGUUACCCAGGGCAUGGCUGCCACCCUCUUCUUUUUUGGCUUUACUGUGAAGGGCUGCCUGCCCAAGGCACGUCGUGGAGGGGUUACUUGACAAAGUCAGCUGGCAAAAGGCUGAAAAUCCAGGUAGCAGCACUGAAAGCUUUUCCUCUUCCUGUGCCUUUUUAAAGCACAGAUAAAGUGGUGACCAUUAUGUUUGUACGAUAUGAAUUCUCUUUGCUAAAAAUAAGCUGUCCACUUGCUAACAGGUUUAGAAGGACACAUAUUUCUUUUUUCUCCCUCUGGUGGGUUGUUUUUUUUUUUAUUAUUUGUUUGUUUGUUGAAAGCUCUAGGAAAGCUGUACAAAUAUCUUCCAGCAUCUUCUGGAUUCCUUCUGCUGGUUCGUUCAAGCUCAGGGGUCACUUCCUGAGCUUUGCAAACCUGAGAAAGGAAAAAAAUCAUUGAUACCAAGAGCAGCUGAAGACAGGACAUUUUAAAUGGGGUUCAGCAGCCCCACUGGCAAUGCCUUGAGGGUCCAUAACUCAGAAAGGCUGAGAGCUGCUGGUACAGGUUUCAUUCAUCAUUUCUGGUUUUGUUGGUGCACUUUUUUCCACAGUGGUUUGGGAUGUAUGUGGCAUCUCCCAUCACAGUGGAACCUAUUGGUUGUUACCCCUGUCCUGGCACUGCUGAGGUUUUGCUGGUGGCUGUGGCUGUGUCCACAUCCUCCAGGCAAGCAGGACAAGCCCCAGAUAUCCAGGGAGGGGAUGACAGGGAUGUCUUUUCAUUUUGGAGAACCCUCCAGCUCUUUUAAAGUGUCACUUUAUGCAUCACUUAGAAAAAAAAAUAUCCUGGGUUAAUUUUUCUCCCUCCUGUUAUGGAGGGUCCAGCCACGCCAGUGUUUUCCCAGGCUGCUGCCCCUCUGUCUGUGCCCCUGCAGUGGCACCCUCACAGCAAAGUUCUUGGCUUUGAGUCUUCCUGAUGCUCCCUCCAUCCCUCCCUCCCCACCACUGACAGGUCCUGGUCUGGGGGCACACAGCUCCUGCUGGCCACAGGCACCUCCCCAGCUGAGCAACAAAGGGCAAAUCCACCCAAACCCACAUCCAGCCACCACCUGGGCUCUCACCUGGGCAUCCCCAGGGCUGGAAUUCCUAAGGGCUUCUGUUUUCUUUCCAAGGGCUGCUCCUGGUGCCACACUAAUCCCCAGAGUGGGAAGGUGGCCAAGGGACCACGGCCCAGCUGUCCUGGACCUGGUGGCCGCUGGGCCACGGCGCAGCUGUCCUGGACGUAGCCGUAGCAUUCAGUUUACAUUCAGCACAACCCGUUUGCCUUACUAAAAAUGCUUCUCCAAUGAGUCAUGGCCUUAGACUGGGCACGUUGGCGUAGGCACAGACUACAGUUAGCGACAGUUUUGAGGCCACAGUGGUGUUCUGUUGGGUAUUUCUUGUUGGGUUUGUAUGAUUUCAUGUACUUAUUCUCAGUUUAAGAAAGCCUUACUUUUUACUUUUUUUUUUGUCUCUCUCUCUCUCUCUGUAGAGGUAAAACAUUUGUGGAUUUAUAUAUAUAUAAAUAUAUAUAUAAAUAAAGUAAUAAAAAUAUUAAAUAUAAUAUAGUAUGUGCCUCAGAUUCAGGGGACAUCCUGUUGAUUGUAAAGUCAGAAGUGGCGUUGCUCCCCUGGUGUCAGGAGAUCUGUCCCCUAGGCAGUGGGAGAGCAGGGCAUCCCCUGGGGGUCUUGCUCUUGGUUUGUAAAGGAUUUCACCUAUGAGAUAUUUUGGGAGCCCCCCAAACCCCGAGCAAACCCCUGCUGGCUGCCAGAAUGUGAUACUAAAGGAAUAUGCAGACAAGGGAUGUUAUUCCUUGCUAGGUAGCUAAAAUAGGUUCAUUAUUGUGAAGGGACUCAGUGGCUUGUCCAAGGUGUGACCCAGUCUGGGCAGCAGAUGUUUUGGGAUGACACCAAAGCUGUGGCAGCAGCAAUAAAGGUUCUUCAUCCUGAAAAAAAAUAGGAUUUUAACACAGAAAGUCUUAGCAGGCACACGGGAGUUUUGCUGCGUGUUUUGCAGAUGUAGCUCUUUGAGCCUGUCCUAUGAAAGAGUACAUGAAAAAAAGAGAAACCAACAAAAAGAAGCGUUUGUAAAAUAGAUUGUAAUUUUUCCACGUGCUAGCAUAGCCUGUUUGGCCAAUAAAAUUGUGUUUCAAGUGCAUUGUUUAAAGCUCCUGGCUGCCCAGGCAAACAGACUGACAGUAGGAUGUUCUAGGAUUGUAGCAGUGCUUUGCGGCGUGUGUGGGUUCCGUGUUCGAGAAAGAAAAAGAAGAGGAUGGCCAAAUAAAAAAAAAAAUACACAAAACAAAACAAAACAAACCAGAAAGAUGGGAAGAAGAAUAAAAACAAAGCCUUCUGAAGCUAUGACCUGUAGUAGCCAAGUCUCGCUGGCAAUUGCACAAGCGCCGCGGGCCGAGCGUGUCCCGGGAGGGGCUGCCCCAGGUGUGCCCUCCCCGGGCGGGCCAGGAGGCUGCUCCUGCCCCCCCCAUGACUUGAUUGCACUAGAGCAGCUCAAUCUCAGGAAAUUGCUUGUUACUUUUACUGUGUAAAUAAAGCUUCCUGGUUCAAUAA